AUGGAGAAUGGAUGUUGCAAGGAAGAUGAAUGCAAAAAUGUUCAGCCGAACGAGAACCUGGAAGAUGAUAGUAUUGAAGGCAAAUGGGCUUCUAUUAAGAUGUUGGAAUACAUCCGACUGUCAAAUUCAAGGCUCGUAGCAUGGAUAUUUGCUUUGUGGAGUAGUGCACCGCAUCCUAGAUCUGAAGCGGAUGAAAGACAUCACAAAGGAUUCAGUUUGAAUGGACCGCCAAAUGAUCGAGCUUUGUUCAAGAUGAGAAAAGCUCCACACCCUCCUGGCAGCCAUGGCCACGAUAUCAGUACUGCGAAUAAUCCAGAAAUAUCCAAUGGAAAUUUCGAUUAUACCCCGGACUCGGCUCCCAAGAAACCGGUAGCAAUCAGAUUAACAAUAAAAGUACAAAUAGUGCCACUAUCCGAGUCAACCGCCAUGCCGCUGUCUUGCUUUAAGCCAGUUAAUCGUAGAAUUUUCAACCUCGGCUCGCUUUUUGUGACACAAAUUGGUCGAUGCGUCAUCUCCUGUGUCAUAUUUGCAUAG